CUUUCUGUUUCAAGAUGGCGUCGGCUGCCUUUUUAUAGGUGAGGUCGGAGGAGGCGAAACCGGUUGGGCCGCAGCUGGGAGGAGAAAAUACGUAGCGAGAAAGCACAGCCCUGACGGAGGGGAGCUGCCCCGCCACUCCCAGUCGCAGCCAUGGCCGCCGUGGUGGCCAAACGGGAAGGCCCCCAGUUCAUCAGCGAAGCAGCCGUCCGGGGCAACGCAGCCAUCCUGGAUUAUUGCAGGACCUCCGUCUCCGCUCUGUCGGGGGCCACCGCCGGCAUUCUCGGCCUCAACGGCCUCUACGGCUUCGUCUUCUACUUCCUGGCCUCCGUCUUGCUCUCGGUGCUUUUGGUCUUAAAAGCCGGACGGCGAUGGAACAAGUACUUUAAAUCCCGGAGGCCUCUCUUUACCGGGGGGCUGAUCGGGGGGUUAUUCACCUAUAUUCUUUUCUGGACUUUCCUCUAUGGCAUGGUGCAUGUUUACUAGGAGGAGGAGGAGGAGGAGGAGGAGGAAGAAGAAGGUAUAGCCAGAACAGUUCUGAGGAGCGUGGCCCAGGCAGGGUCCCUUCCUCUCUGAUGCCCUAAAACUGAGGGUCCUGGCCCGCUGCUUGCACUCUCCGCCCGCUGCCUAACGUAUGUCAGAACGCAAGCCUGUAGAAUCCUGCUAAUUAAAACAGAAUGUGAACCCCACCCCACCCCAAACCUUUUUAAAAUGAUGUGUAAAUAACCUGUCCUCCAGUCCAGAGGAUGUUCCGUUCUUCUCGUUUUAUCCCUCAGCCAGACUUACUCCCUCUCUCUAGAAUUCUGUUCUAACUCCCUUAGCCAACCUUCGGAGACUUGAACUGCAGUGUAACCAAAUCUACAAUUUUUUGGGGGGGGAAAAAAUUCUACAUCAAUAUUCAGUGCUUGAUCUGUUUUGUGUGCACCUCGGUUGAAAGACUUCAGAAGGAAAAAAAACAACAGUUUUCAUAGCCUGGUUACAGGCAGGCUGUGUGUGGAGGGAGGGACACUCGGCCUGGAGCUACUACUUACUUCCAAGU